AUGCCGCAGUGGCUGGUCAUUGGUAUCUCGGGCGUCACCUGUGGCGGCAAGACGACGCUAGCCCACAGCCUGCACGACUACUUCAAAGGUCUGAGCGGAGCACCGCUGUGGAACUCACCGUACACCAUUGGCGAGGUGCGUCUGAUCUCGCAGGAUGACUACUUUCUGCCCGUGGAGGACAAGCGACAUCAGCGGAAUGAGGCGCUCAACGCCAUCAACUUUGAGCUCAUCACCUCGCUGGACAUGGCCAAGAUGCUGAACGACAUAGCGCACAUAAUCAAGGGGCGCCAUGUGGCUCCCGAGCCACAGGAGCAGCUUGUGACCUAUGCCAACUUCGAGCACUACGCCCUGCAGUUCCAGCAACAGUACCAGUACAAUGCGAACUACUACAAACAGGCCAAUGGCGGGGUCUAUCAAUAUCCGCCACAGCAGCACCCGAGACAUCACCCCCAUCACCAGCAGCACCACCACCAGCAGCAGCAAAUCCAGCAGCAGCAGCAGCACAUUAUGCGCAUCAAUGCCCAGAUUGCCGCCCAGCUGAGGGACAAGAAGGUCAACUUCCUCCUGGUCGAGGGUUUCAUGAUCUUCAACCAGCCGGAGCUGCUGGCCCUGUGCAACCUUAAGUAUCACUUCCAUCUGCCCUAUGAGAAGUGCUUCGAGCGGCGCAGUAAGCGCACCUACGAUCCACCCGAUGUCACGGGCUAUUUCGAGCUCUGUGUGUGGCCGCACUACGAAAAGAACUUCAGCGAGUACCGCGACUGCAAGGACAUCACAUUCCUCAAUGGCGAAAUCGGCAAAGAGAAGAUCUUCAAGUUCGUCCUCCAGCGCAUUGUCCACUACUUCGAGGAGCGCUGCGAGGUCCCGGCUCCUGCUCCCGUAGUCUGUCCGCCGCAGCAGAAACGCUUCGGGAUGCUCUACAUGGGUCCGAGCAAUAACAACGUCAUGCCGACGGCGUGUCCCAUGGAGCAAUAGAUUGUCCUUGGAUCCAGAGUACAAUAAUUGAAUAUUGUAUAGUAGUAGGAUGUUAAACGGUUCAAAAUUGUUUGGAUUACUUCUCCGAAUCGUGGCUAAAAUUCCCAUAUUACGUUAUAGUUGUAAGCUACUCUAAGGGUGGUUCGAUUUUAAAUUGUUAAAAGUAAGAUCUAAAAUCAAUUAUUUCAUCCAAAUU